GCCACCCCAACGUGACGGUUCUUCAGUUGCAUAUCGUCGCGACUACGACACGGACACAUCACACAUAAUUAUAUUUUAGACAAUUUUUUAUUUACCUUUCAAAUCGUUUAUUAGAUUCUUAACCACGGGUCCGAACUCUCAUCAACAACGAAUUUACCGCAUAAACAAAUCCCAAUUGCCGCAAAUGUGUGACAAAAUUUUAUUGUUAUUUUUUUUUAACUUUUUGACAAAAAGUGACAAAAGUUUUUAUCGCUCGUACUGAUAAAGUGUGAUAAUAAUAAGUGAUCAAGAUUGGAAAAUAUAGAGUGGAUCAGUGAUGAAUCAUCGACAAUGUUGAGGAAUCUCUAUAUGCACAUAAAUGAGGAUAGCGCAAAGGCAUCUGGGGACGUUCAAUUCUGAAAUCCGAUCUUUUUGCAACGCGGAUGAAAGGCUCAGGUAUCCCUUAAAGAACGCUGUCUCACUUAACGGCAGAAAUAAGACCAUUCAGGUUUUUGGAGCUCAGAAUUAUAUUAUUGUAGUCGAGAAGUGUGCGUCAAUCCUUGAAGGAUCAUCCAGAUGUAUUAGAGAGUUUUGGAAUUCACUGGACAGUAUUCAACGAAAAUGUCACUUGUGACAAUGUGCUCUAAUUAGAUUUAGAUUAUUGAGUAUUUAUUUAAAGAAUAAGAGAGAAACUUGAAUCGAAAUGUAUUCUAAGAUGUCCUUCCUUUAGGGAAGAGAAAAUUUACUAGAAAAUUGAAAAAAUAUAACUGUACCUGAUUACAACGAAACUAAUCAAUCAACGAAGGGGUAGAUUUUGAAAUUGGUGAUAAAUUUUCUAUGCAGUGGGAGUGAACAUUCGCGGUAGACAUUCCGGAGGUUUGCCGUCGCUCGCCAAAAAGUCGCGAAUCUAGCCGUCGCUUCGGAUUUGCACUGGAUUGCAUUACGAUUUUUGAAACAAUGGAAAUUUACGAAAAUACUUAGAAUUUGUGUCCUGUUUUAAUAAAAUGACUAUACAAAGUUUAAUAGAAAAUUUUUCAAAUCGAAAAAUCAUAGUGUGAUUAACAUUCUACUUUUUUGAUUAACGUAAACAAUAUAAGUUUUUCGAAUUUAUUAUUUAGAACAUGAAAAUCAAGUUACAAGCAAUAGCAACUCCGUGUUUGCUACGAAAGUAGCUUCCGCGGGGUGAAAAACAGUUUUAAUUAAUUUUCAAUUGUGAAAUGUUAAUUUAAUCCAUCAAGAUUCAUCCGAAAGUAACGAAAAUGCCGCAGCGAUCGCCAUUCGCGAUCCAGGAGCUGCUCGGCUUAAAUGGUAGCGGUGCCGAUCGAGGAUCACCGCAAGGCUCACCACCGGCUGGAGUGUCGGCCGUCUCCUAUGCCCCGGCGACGUCUCAUCAUAAAUUAUGGGACUACAUGCCAUCCCUGACGAAUCAUUUGGGCACAAUAGGAAAUCUUGGCAAUCUGGGCAAUUUAACGGCAUCGCGAAUGGCAUAUUUGAAUGCCCAAGCGGCCGUCGCUGCGGCUUUUUUACCACCACCGCAUCCCCAUCCGGCGCAUCAUGUUGCUCAUCAUCAGGUACAUCAGCCAGGCCAACUUCCGUCUCCUGGUGUCAAUGUGCAUCCGGCUACACAUGCGCAACAUGUAAUUUCGGGCACUGCCUUGUCCGCCAAUCACAAUCAACAUAGUCCCAGUCAGCAUACACCUCCUCAGGGAUUAGUGCACUCUAUUGAUGCGAGUAAAGAUUUUACGGUAGACGGCCUUUCGGGAUUCAGUAAAAAGAAGAAAAAGAAGCGUCGUCAUAGCUCCAGGACGAUCUUCACGUCCCAGCAGUUGGAGGAGUUGGAGACUGCUUUCAAGGAGGCCCAUUAUCCCGAUGUCUAUGCCCGAGAGAUGCUCAGCCUCAGAACCGACUUACCGGAAGAUAGGAUACAGGUGUGGUUUCAAAAUCGAAGGGCGAAAUGGCGAAAAACGGAGAAAUGUUGGGGCAGGAGUACCAUAAUGGCCGAAUACGGUCUUUAUGGGGCAAUGGUGAGACAUUCGUUACCAUUGCCAGAAACAAUUCUAAAAAGUGCCAAGGAAAACGAAUCAGUUGCUCCAUGGCUUCUAGCGCAACAUUCUAAGUCAAGCAGCUUUAGUCAAGAUUUCGAAAAUAAUCAACGCGAACUGAUUGACUGUGGCCCUGUAGGGAUGCAUCGAAAGUCCAUUGAGGCGGCGGAGCAUCUAAAAUCGGGUGGCGAGGACAGCGGAAACGACCAUCCAGGAAGCGGAAGCAGUCCUCACCACAAUCAUCAUCAAGGAGGGCCUACCAGUUCAGAGAGUGGACAGGAGAGUCAAGACGGCAUGGGUCCAUCUUCAUCCUCUGGUGGAGUUCAGGAUACGGAGCAGCUUAGAAAUGAAAGCAUCGCGUGUCUGAGAGCGAAAGCUCAACAACAUCAGUUGCAGUUAAGUUUGCAACCGGCGGCAGCACCCGGAAGUACUUCGUAUCAAACUGCAGCACAACCCAGCACGCUUCACGCCACUGUGUAAAGAAAUUGGAAAUUACAAUUUCAAAGUGAAUAUCUUAACUUCUUGUUUAACAAUAAACUUAUAAACAAUUGUGUUUUAUCAAAAAUUAAACAAGACGUUGAGAACUUAGAUGCCUAAAACAAAGAAAAUAAAUGAAAAGUGCAAAAAAAAGCGUUAAUCGCAAAGAAAGCAUUUUUUUCUUCAAAAUUUAGUAAAAUUACCGGACAAAAAAAAUUCAAAGUCAUUGAAUACUAUCGAUUAAAAGUAUUUAAUCUACUCACGUAUAAUGUCUUUAUAGAUUUUUCCCUGAACAAUUCGAUUAUUAUUAUUAUUAUUAAAAUCCGUAAUGAGUAAAAUUUCGCACAAAAAGAAUAAAAUUUUAUACGGUUGGUGCUGGUUCACAAAAACCAAAUGUUUGACGUUUUUUCAAUUUAAGAAAAUAUUCAUAAAAAAAAUUUUCUUCUUUCAACAGUUUUGAAAAUUAUAUAAAUAAGAAUCAUAAAUUCUUUACUAAAAUUUA